UGCCAAAGCCAAAGAGACAGUGCAUCAGUGCUCGACCAGUAGAGGUAGGGAUGGAUGUCACUAGUCGGUGUACACUUGGUGACCCCAACAAACUGCCAUAGGGAGUACCGCAACCAGCCAGGAUGCCAUUUGUAUCAGAUAAACACCCUAGGCAGACUUUAGAAGUGAUCAACCUCCUGAGGAAGCACCGGGAACUCUGUGAUGUGGUACUGGUUGUGGGCGCAAAAAAGAUUUAUGCGCAUCGAGUGAUCCUAUCAGCUUGCAGCCCCUACUUUCGAGCCAUGUUCACAGAUAACAGUAGAGGAGGGGAACGUGCAGACCUUGCUGCCGGCUGCCUGCCUGUUGCAGCUGGCUGAGAUCCAGGAAGCAUGCUGUGAGUUUCUGAAGAGGCAACUUGAUCCAUCGAACUGCUUGGGAAUCAGAGCUUUUGCUGAACCCACUCCUGCAGAGAACUGCUGCGGAUUGCUGAUAAAUUCAC